AUGGCUUCACUGUUCUGGGUCAACGAGACCGCCGAAUCCAAAUCGCUUUCUCAUUCCGACAACCGUGAGCGAAUCCAGGUCUUCUCGCAAGCCCAGCGUACCAGCCGCCCAGGGAAGCGAAAGGGUGGCGGCAAAGAUGGCACAGUGAACGGACGAAAAUCUGCUCAGAAAAACGGUACAGAUAAUUCGCGGGGACUGCUUUCUUCCGUUCCAUAUGCGACGGUGGUUGCCGGCGAUGAAAUUGACUCCAACCAUCCUACACUCGGUACCCAACAAUCCUGGUGCCUCACUCUUGACCCUGUACCGCUCCUGGAUCCAGACCGCACGAUAAUGGAAGCGCGAAGUCUCGAGUUCUUCAACCACGUGUCUCUGCGCAAAAUAAUCACCACCGAGCAAAACUUCUCUUUUUGGAAUGUUGUGGUGCCUCGUCUAGCGAGCUGCCAUGCGGCCUUUCGCCAUCUCGUCGCUGCGAUUGCUUCCACGCACGAGUUAUUGUACAGUGAUGAUGCCGAGACUUUGAAUGCAUUUGCUCUGACGCAGUGCAACAAGGCUAUUACAUUAUUACGGUCGUCUCAGGAUUGGCCACCCGCACUAGUCCUCAUAUCGUGCAUCCUUGUGUCAGCUUACAGCCUUCUGCGCUGCGACCUCGACCAGGCGGAAGCAAGCAUCGAAAGCGGCUUGAAAAUCGCCACCAAAUGCACGGAAAGCAACCUGGCUGGUCUUUGCGACGAGAGAGCCACAUAUCAGCAUAUAUUGGCGCAGCUCGGAAGGCAACACGGCUUCAAACUCUGGGCACCAGACGUAAACUUUCAAUUUGAACGUUCGAAAGCCAGGGAAAAAUGCAUUACAAUCGAAACAGAGUGUGUCAAGGGCCCAUUCGAGGAGCCUAAGCAUGCGAUGGAAGCUGUGAGGCUUCUCUUGCAGAAUGUCGUGACUCGGAUCAUGCGGAAUCUUGCUCGGGGUGCUUGCAUUGAACCAAGUUGUUCUCUAACAGAUGAGGUUGACCGUCAAUUCGCAAUGUUUUCUUUUCACUGGGAGUCUCUGCACCGGCUGCUCUGUGUCUACGAUGAGGAUGGCGUAUUGGAGCUCAAGCAGAUCAAGAUUGGCUUCCGUCUCGCAAUUCUAAUGUUUCAUACCAAGAUUGUGGGCCCCUCGGAGCGGCUCUUCGAAGCAUACCCCGCCGUUGUGGAAGAUAUGCUGCAACUUGCCGAAGAGGUUGUGACCGCCGGGGAGGAGGGCCGACCUGUUGUAUAUUUGGACAAACUGGUCAAUGCGGCAAUCUGCUCUCUCGGCUUCGCCCUGUGCGCUGCCAAGUACAAAAAGCGAGCUAUGAACAUCCUGCAAAGACAGGCUAAUGACAGGGAUGGAUUGACUAAUUGGUUACGUGGCUCGGUGAUUGAAACUAUGAUGAUGCUGGACCAGAUGUCGCUAAGCUGGUGGAGCGAUCCCUUCGCACCAUCGCGCCUGAUCCUUAGUGGACUGCGCGGCACAAACGAUGGCAAUUGCAUAUGGAUUCAAUUCAAAGCGUUGUGCUCAGAUGCAGCCGCACAGAAUGCUAUAGUGCCAAUCAACUGGACAUCCUGGUCGGGACCUAGGCCAGCAGCGGCCGAAGUGGACAGCCGGUUGCAGGGUAUCCUGGCAGCGUACCGGAUGUAUGGCAAACCUCACUCUACAGACGCUCCCGAUGGCUUUGUAGCUGAGAUGAUACAUCGUGGAAGGCGGGUUCCGGUCGCAUGGGAACCAGUAUAA